AUGUCCGAUGCAGCUGAAAUUUCUCAACUCUCCGAUGCCGCUUUGAAGGAGGUAUUUUUUAAAUUUGGAAAAUUGAAAGUUCAUGACAUUCAUUGAUUAUUUUAGGCAUUACUUGCAAAUGGAAUCACACCAGGACCAAUCACGACAACAACAAGAAGUGUUUAUGAGAAGAAACUCAAUAAAACUUUGAACGAAACAUCAUUGUUGGAUAAAAGCUCAACAGAUUCAGUUGUUACCGCUCCAACUUCUGUUUCGACACCAAAAACCAACAUCGAUGUUAUUGAAAGCAGAAAAUCUCCAACUCCAAUCCAAGUGUUCCCAAAAUCUUCGAAUAAUGAGGAAAAUGGAGAUGCUUCGGAUGCUGAAGAUUAUGAAGGAGAAGAAUCAAUGAGAUAUUUGACUGAAGAAGAAAUGAAUGCUGAUCGUCAAAAAUUCACUCAAACAGCCAAAAAAGGAGGAUUGAAAAAAUGGGUUAGUUUUCGAAUAUAAAAUGUUAUUUGGGCCUCAUAACCUGAAAUGUAAUCAAAAUUAUUGAACAUGAACUUCGUUAUGUUUUCUAUGUGGAAUUCGAGACAUUAUUCCAUUUUUUCUCUGAAAUCAUUGAACACUGAUUUUUCCACUAAGAAAGCAUGGUUUCUAGAGUAAUUAAAAUUCUAAAAAAUCUCAUCGAACUCCGUUUUUUGGUUCCUUCUCAUUUUACUUUGAUGGAUGGUGGGAAUCUUUCGAAUGCCACACUUUUUUUGGAAAUCUAAAUUUGCAUUAUUGAAUGAAUCUGAUUAUGAGAGUAGAAAAUUACUUCAAACAUGCAAUUUAGUAGUCAUUUCUAUAAUAUUCAAUGAAAAAUCUCAACUUUUUCACAUUUCAAAAGUUUUCUUUCCCCCGAUUUUAGACUCAAAAUGACGUAUUCAAUUUUUCAGUUUAUUGUUUCAACCGCUGUUGCUGCAAUCGGUGUUUUCUCCUACUUUUUGCUCGAAAAUGCCGAAUCGCUUCUUUUGGCUUCGUUAUCCUCCUCUUCAUCAUCAUCAUCAAAUGACAACACAAUUUAA